AUGUUAGAAAGUGAUUGGAAAAUAGUAACUAAUAAUUAUAACAGGAUUUUAGAAAAUUUUGAUAGCACAAUUGAAGAAGAAGAUUUAAAUGUAUAUGAAGAGUUGGAGGACACAUACUUAAAAAUUUAUCAACGUUUAAAUAGAGAUAGAGAGGAUAACAAAAUCCUGAUGAAAGAAAUAGCAGGAACGGUAGAAAAGCAGAUGGAGAAAAUUGGGGAAAGAGACAGGAAGAUCGAGCAGAAAGUAGAAGCUACAAAUGCCAGUGUAAUAGCUGCAGGAAACAAAAAGGAGCAAAAGAUAGAAGCAGUAGGACGAGAAAGUAUUGCACUCGAUGAUCAUCUCUCCAACAAAUGA